AUGAAGGGUCUGUGUACAGUGAAAAGGAAAUUGAACGAAAAGAAGAAAGAUUUCUUGACCGAGCAAGUUAGUGCUUUGAUAUUGAGUCAGACUCCUCAGAAGCUCAGAGAUUCUGGUUCUCCCACUAUUUAUAUUACGAUUGGAAAAUCUCAUAUUGGGCGAGCUUCACUUGAUUUGGGGAGUAGUGUGAACUUGCUCCCAUUUUCAAUAUAUGAGCAGUUAGAUUUAGUUGAGCUGAUGAAAACAUCCAUGAUGCUACAGUUGGCAGACAGAUCAUUAAAAGCUUCUCGAGGUGUUAUUGAAUAUGUAUUAGUACAAGUUGACAAAUUUUAUUACCUAGUGGACUUUAUAGUUUUGGAUAUGCAGCAACCUAUCUCCAACAUCUACCAGGCACCUAUUGUUCUUGGUUGGCCAUUCCUUGCAACCUCCAAUACAUUGAUCAAUUGUCGAAGUGGAGCAGUGAAACUCACAUUCGGAAAUAUGACAUUGAAGAUGAAUGUGUUUAAUGCUCACAAGACCCUGACUGGGUGUGAUGAUUUAGAGGUACAUACAGUUGAUAUGGUAGAUGACAUGGAUAUUUCAGAGCUAUUGUUGGCAUUUGAUUCUGAUUGUGCAUUUGAGAGUGAAUCUUUCAAGCAGCCUGAGGUAUUUGAUGAAAAAGUUCCCUUGAUUAGAGAGUUUCCAGAAUCAGAGGGGCAGUCCACAAAGAUAGAUGCAAUACCAGUUCGUGAUGUGCAACAGAGAUUGAAUCCAACCAUGACGAAGGUUGUAAAGAAAGAAGUACUGAAAAUUCUAGAUGUUGACAUCAUCUAUCCUAUCACCGACAUGUCAUACGCCCCUUGGUUUGAUGCUAUUGUGAACUACCUUGUCAUCGACCGAACGCCAGAACAUGGGGUAACUCAAGAUAAGCAUAAGUUCUUUGCAGAGAUCAAGAUCAUACUUGAGAAGACGGGUUGUCAUAAUCAAAAAGACUAG